AUGCUCGCUUUCGAAUCAUCCCGAAAUCAGCAGUCUUCGUACCAUCCCCAACUCUCAAUGGAUCCUACCAUGACGGAUCCUUUUGGGAUCGGGAUGGACGAGUACUCGCAGUACGCUCACAACCAGAGCCUUGCGAGGCCAGCCCACUCCUACAUGGACUCCUCAGCCCUGUAUGUCGAUUCGACGCCAUACACCCAACAACAGAUGACUUUUCCGCCUGUUCCCUCUACUCCUCCAUCGAUGACCACUUCCCAAUCGUCAGAACAGCCGAUGCCAGGUCUCUCCGGCCCGUCAAUUGCCAGUGCAUCGUCAUCCGCCAUUGGAUCUCCGUAUUCGGCAGCUACCCAUGGCCUGCAAGACCAGUGGAUCGACACCCAGCAUGGUCUUGGUCUGCCUACUGCAGUACUUCCCGAUUUGUUGUCUCUAGACUACACAGGCAGUAUUGUCGAUGCCGACAGGCUAUUUCACCAGGACAAAUUCCCCAGCGCCUCCACAUCAUACUCCCUGGCUCCUCAGGGAUUCUUUGCUUCCUCUCCGAUUGGCUCACCUCUACCCCAGGCACACCAUGUGCAACAACAACAACAACGUCAGUCACAGGUGACUAGUUCGCCUUUCAUGCCACAACAUGGCUUCCAGCAAAGCUCGGGAUCGGCCCACGAACGCCGGUUAUCAGUAUCUUCCAGCAAUUCCCGACCGUCGCAGCAGAGCCCUGUCGCCAGUACCGCUGAGACGGAUGAGGAGGGUCGGGAGAAAGGCCGCUGCCCUCACCCGGACUGCGGUCGGGUUUUCAGGGACCUCAAGGCGCACAUGCUCACCCACCAGUCAGAGCGACCGGAAAAAUGCCCGAUUGUUACCUGCGAGUACCACAUCAAAGGCUUCGCUCGCAAGUACGACAAGAACAGGCAUACCUUGACCCACUACAAAGGUACAAUGGUCUGUGGCUUCUGCCCUGGAUCAGGCUCCGCAGCCGAAAAGAGUUUCAACCGAGCAGAUGUCUUCAAGCGACAUUUGACAUCGGUUCACGGUGUUGAGCAGACUCCUCCCAACUGUCGAAAACGUACCCCUGCUGCCUCUAAGAAGGUCUCUGGUUACUGUGACGAUGCCACAGGCAAGUGCUCUACUUGCUCAGCGACUUUCAGCAACGCGCAGGACUUCUACGAGCAUCUCGACGAGUGUGUAUUGCGAGUUGUGCAGCAGGAGGAGCCCAGCGAAGCCAUCAACCAGCAGAGACUGGCAGAAGUAGCCGCUGAUGAAGAUGUGAAGAAGACCAUGGAGAAGCACAUGCUGCUUGACACGGCCGGUACCGUGCAGCAGUCUGACGUCGAUAAUGAUGACGAUGAUGAGGAUGAUUUUAAUGACACCUACAAUUCGCAUGGCCGAUCAGGGAAGGGCUCCCUUAAAUCGACCAAGGCUGGUGCCGGCACCCACACUCGCCCUAUUCGGGGCAACAGCGCCAUCACGAAGCAGUCUCAGAAUGCUGCUAGUAAGCUGCGCCCUUCCGCAUCAAAGAAGCGGAAUAACCGUCGCAACUACCCAUCAUCAUGGGGCUGCCCGAGCAGCGACAUGAAGACUAAGAAACGUGUUCUCUGUGUCUUCGACGGCCAGAACCGCCUCUGGAAGGAUGAGAUGAUGCUGGACAACGAAUUCGAGGUCCGCCUUCGUCUUCCUGGCGGUGCUGGUGACGGUACCAACCGUGAUGCCUAUGUGACAGACCUCGACGUCGAGACCCUCAAGCGGGCUGAGGGGGUCUUGAAUGCCACCGAGGAAGAAAGGGGCCCUUUGCUGGGACCUCCUUCCACAUGCCUGAUGGGACAGCCAGCCAUGCUGUUGCCUGAGCUGUCCCAUGGGCAGGUGGAAGAGGUGGACAUUGAUGACCUGAUUUAUUAGAAAGCUUUUCUUCUUUUCGGUUUUGACUUGAUAUAUCUUUAUAUCCCUGACUUGCGGUGGGUGCUAUUUGACACCACCCUGUUGUUUCAGGCGGUUUGGAAUUUCUUUGAUGUGCCUGUGCAGCGUUCUAGCGUGGACUCUUCUGAAUUUCUCUGUUGUCUUCUCUUCUGUGACUAUAUACACCAUACCGUCUUUUAGUCUGGACACUGUGAUAUCUACGGUUCUUUUGGGCAUGGGAAAAGGACUGGAUCAGGAUACCAUUGAAGCGUUGUGGAUUCAAUACAAGCACUCAACUUUUUUUCACAUUCAUCAUUUUAUAACAGACCUUGCUUCAAACGUAGAAGAGCGUAGUUCAUCUGGUGAACGGACGAGUACUGUAUUGCAUGAUUUGCCUUUGGG